AACACUGUAAUACAUGUGGUCACAUCACACCACUUCGGUUAUACUGAUUGAGAAAACCGACAACAUAGAAAUGAUAACUAAGAAACAACGUUAACAUUCACAAACCCAUAACUCUGGUCAUAAGUAACCACCACCUUCUUUCUUCUUUUCUUAAUCAUCACCAUCAUCUUCCAUUCAAUCGCAAUGUUUCACUUUUCUGGUGAGUCAUUCAUCGCAUUGAUAUACAUGCUUUACUUUUCUGUGUCGGAACAAAAUCCAAAACCAUGUAACCAUGUUUUGUUCGACGAUUAACAUUAAUGUUAUGUCCAUUUAUGAAAUUAUAGACAUUUAUGUUUUUGACGAAUUACAUGUUAUGAGAUGAAGAAUAACAGGUAUGUAUGUAUGUGAUGGCAUCAACAGAAGAUGCUUCCAAAUUCGCUUCUCGUAAAUCUUCAUGUGCCCAGCCAUGGUGGAAGACUACAGAUAUAGAUGAAUUAGCGUACUUGGUUUCUCAGAAAUUGCUGAAUCAUGUUGAGAAUUGUGAUCUUCCACCUCCUCCUCGAAAGAUAUAUCUUGAGGCAAAGGAAAAUUUGGAUUCAGGAUUGAUUCAUAGAGAGAUGGAACCUUCAUCCAAUCGAGGGAAUUUCUAUAUUUCUUUUGACAAAUCCUCAAGUUAUGAUGCUAUUCAUGAGAGUGACACAGACGAAAAUUUUGAAGGAGAUCAAAGCAAAGCUCAAUUGAUGGAAGCGUUGUGUUAUUCGCAAACACGCGCUAGGGAAGCGGAGGAGUUAGCGAAACAGGCUUUCGCCGAGAAAGAGCACAUUGUUGCACUCUUUUUUAUACAAGCUUCACAUCUUUUUGCAUACAAGCAAUGGUGUAGACUGUUACAUUUGGAAGGGCUAAACACUCAGAUUAAGAAUUCGCAUACAUCGGUAUCUACUCUCGACGCUCUUCCUUCGAUGUCGAUUGUAGGUAAGAAACCAUUGAUGAGAAAGGGAAAGAUUGUUGAUGACAAACAUGAAAAACUAGGCAAGUUGAAGAAUGAUGUAUCAACAACAUAUGAUGUUGCAUUUGCUUUAGGAUUGAGUCUUGUUGGAGCUGGAUUACUUUUAGGAUGGACUGUUGGGUGGAUGUUACCUCGUAUGUAGUUUUGUAUAAAAUUGGUAAAUAGAGAAAGAGUUUCGAUUUAUUUGAUUAGAAUGUAGUUUUUGUAGAUUUUUGUUAAGUCUUUAAUAUAUACAUUCUACAUUAUCUUUCUGUCA